AUGAGCAACUUGAACGACAUGCCAGCGGAACCUCGACGCAAUCGGUGGGGCGAGGACAUCAAACGUGAACGAAGCCGUUCGCCAGGGGCCCCUGGUCGAAAUCGUUGGGGUGACGAUCGAGGAGUCCGGGACGACUACCCCAAUGACCGUAGACGGAACUUCUUCGGAUGUGAUGACGAGCGUGACCGUUCAAGGGAUAGGUCAAGAGACAGCAGGUGCAAUCUAAGUCCACUAGCAAGGGACAGCCGAUGUUAUCGAAGAAGUAGUUCAAGUGCUGACAGCCGUGGCGGAAGGAAUAGCUCCAGAAACGGUGACGGUGAUCGAUGGUACCAUCCAAGAGAUGACGACCCCGAUCGAAGGGACAGCCCAAGAGACGACAGCCGUCAUUGGAAGGACCGUGCAAGAGACUUCAAACGAGUCCCAGGCUCAAGAUACAACAAAGACAACGACCUACACUGGUACCCCGACAAGGGCGACUUCUCCCACCCCACCAAGAUGCCUUCUCAGAACCAGCACGACGAUAGGCCACGGAACCCAAAACGUACCAAGAGCUGUCGUUCCGAGUCGUCUGAGCACCGUCAUAUGCGGUUUGAGCACAAACAUGAAUGCCGGGAAAAUGAGCGUGAAGCUUUGCUGAGCGGAAGACUGAUCCCGCCUCCUGGUGCUGGACCCAACUGGGCAAAGAAUCGGGUAGCGACUCUAGAAAAGUAUGCUAAGAGGACAAAGAGACGACACAAGAGAUAUGAGAAGCGUAUGCGCAAGGCGGCAGAGGCAGGGCAGGCUUCAUAA